CGGGGCCUCGGGCGGCGCCCCGCGGGCCACUGGGAGUCUCGACGUCCGUGUUGCUCCCCGCUAGCGGGCGCAGCGGGGGCAGGUCCGGGCUGUGCGGGCUGGGCCGCAGAUGUCAUGUGGCCUGUGCUUUGGACCGUGGUUCGAACCUAUGCCCCCUACGUUACCUUCCCUGUUGCCUUUGUGGUUGGGGCUGUGGGCUACCACCUGGAAUGGUUCAUCAGGGGAAAGGCUCCUCAGCCUGUGGAGGAGGAAAAGAGCAUCUUGGAGCGUCGAGAGGACCGAAAGCUGGAUGAGAUGCUAGGCAAGGACCACACUCAGGUGGUGAGCCUCAAGGACAAGCUAGAAUUUGCCCCUAAAGCAGUCCUGAACAGAAACCGUCCAGAGAAGAAUUAAUGGAGGACUCGUGUCCCUGUGGUGCACAGGGAUAUGCCAUGUCCUGCCACCAUGUCAACCCAGCUUCAGAACAUACAUCUGAUUUGCUGCUCACUCCGGCCCCUUGUGCACCCACAGCCACAUGCACACUGGCUGGUUCUUUAUGGCUGUACAGCUGCAGCAGUAGGGGCCAGCAAAGAGGAAGACUGCAUCUGCUCAAUGGGCUCUUUCCAUGACUGGGCAGGCUUCUGCUCUUACUUGAGAGCACUGAGGAGCCCUGGGGAAAGAACCAUGAUCUCAGGCUCCCUGGGGAGGAGCUUGGUCUCAACUGAGAAUGGUUGGGGUUUAUCGUUGCCAUUAGGAGGGGCACCUCCAUGUCUAGCUUUUGCACUGGAAAGAAUUCAGAAAUGUCCCUGGCUCCCUUGAUGAGAUUUUCUUAUUUUUCUGUGUGCAUCCUUCCCUUUAUUGGCUCAGGCAUUGGAUUCUCAGGGGAAGGAAAACAUGUUUCUAUUGUGGGGAGCUCAGGCUGUUUACCUCGGGGCCGACGGGGCGUAAGCCUGGAAAUAAUCACUGUCUUCUAUCCUUCCUCAUUGGAGUGAGGACGCAAUUAAAGAGGCACCUGACACAUA